GAAGAACCUUCAAGACUGCUGUUUACAGUCAAUGGUUCACCCUGACAUGUUUAGUCAACUAUAAGGAGUUUUACUGGGACAUUAAUAAGUCAAUAAGUCAUGCGAAUUUGGCAUUUGAGUGGUGUUCCUCUUCUUUAUGGAAUAUUAUUUUUCCUGUCGUCAGUCCUGGAGCUCACAGGUAGUGUAGAGCUCAACAUUGUUGUUGAAGAGGGAACAACAAUCCACAUUAAUACUAGUAUCAGCACAAAGUCAGAGUGCAAAGUUUGUAUUGGACGGAUGUGCCGAUCUUCUGCAUUCAUCAAAAGUAACACACUUUUGUAUUUCAACUGUUCCCGACCGGAGAAUAUAUUCACUGUGCAGAUCAGCAGAGAGAUUGUGCGACCAUUGAACAUUGAGCCCAAAGAUCAUCCUGCCUUUUUAAAGUUCAAUCGCACCUUCACCUGGAAUCUUAAGCCCCCGGCUACAAAGACAAUCCAGUUGAAUUUCAGUCCGAUGGGUUUACGACAGAUUGGACCCACAGACAGCUGCACAGACAAACACAUUUACACACUCACAGGGGAGAAUGUCGUUGUUGGAAGAUUUUGUCAGAAUGGAUCCAUCAGACAAGUCGAUGUGCGUAAUGUUGGCAAGAUGUCUUUGGAAGUGUCCGGUGGUCAACUUCUGAACAUGAAAAUUAGUAGAGUAUCAGUGAGGCAUAUAAUAAACUCACUUGCUAAUAUCCAUGUUGUUCUUCCGGAGACAACUUCAACCCAGGACUUCUUUUCCCCAAAUUAUCCGGACAGUGUCCCUGAUAAUACUGAGACAAUGUGGUUUUUCAAUGUGUCCUCCACAUAUUACGUGGACGUACGUGUUCUGAACUACAUGGUUCCAACAUGCCUCCAACCUACAAGCAUCCCUACAAUGAAGUACACUUGGAAAGGCAGGGACCCUCUGGUUAAACAGCUAAAUGCAAGCCAGCCAUCAGUGGAGCCUGGCACCUUUAACCUCUCGCUAAAGAACUGCAAAAUGCUACGGCCAAAUCCUUUUUCGAAAGGCCUUAUGGUGCACUUCCAAAUCACUGCCAUGAAGAGAAUCAAGGGUCAGUGUGAAGGGGAUCUGCCGGCGAAGGAAACUCUACAGAUAUGUGUUAAGAAAAAUGAUCCCAAGUCAGCCUGUGUGUUGAAAUCGGGAUCGCUCAUAAUGGACACAAUCAUUGUAGCUUCAGGGGACCAUUUUGAACUUAAUUUCUUUGACUGCAACAAGGAUGAACUAGAGUUGACUGUCAACCAAACCAUAGAAUGUAAAGAGUGGAGAACCUGUGCAUCCACUGCAUUCCCUCUAAAUUUCAAUGACUUCUACAAGUGUAUCCCUGGAGUCCUAAAGACAGUUACAUGGCACCUCCAAGGUCCAGAGAACAGUACAGUGGAGCUACAGUCCCCUACAGGUGGUCUUCACCACUCUCUGCCUGAACAGACAUGCAAAAGCAACACUCUCCUAAGUGUAUCCCAUGUUAGCCAUGACAUCACUGUUGGGCAGUUUUGUCCACAGGGACCCAUUCAGAAAAUACAGAUCCGUGAAUCCAGGAUUGCAGUAACUGCCUCCCUAACAAAUGUCAAUGACCGGAGUCAUACAACUAACCCCAUCUUAAUCUAUUCAUUUACACAAGAAAUAUCAGAGCACUAUAUAUUCACUCUUGUGCCAACAAAAAGGAAUGAUCCAACUUUGUUGGUGACCCCAGCCUGGCCAUCUGCAAUGAAACCGUCUUGUACCAUUUCUUGGAUUGUUAAUCUGGAUCCACAGCUGAAGAGCAAUCUGGACUUCAUAAAUGUCAGCCAGCUCAAUUGUAAGGGGGCUCAAACAAGCAUCACAGUCCAGAGCAUUCAUUCCCAAAAGAUAUUGUACAGCAUUAAAAAUGAUGUGAUAAUUAAGGGUUUGCUGGUCCCAGAAAGUUUCUACCUCAACAUGACUAACUGCAAGUCACCGACAGGAGCCUUCAGGGCAAUGAUGCAGAUCACACUGCAGAACAAUACAAGCAAUCUUUUGACCAUCAUCCUGAGUAUUGUGGGGAUUCUGUUGGUAGUGAUUACAACAACUGCAAUCUGUUUUGUUCUCAGGAAGAAGAAGAGGAUUAAGGUUCCCCCAGUGUCCAUCUACAGUUCGAACCAGCAUCCCAUACUUCCAGGCCUCCAUGGUGUCCCCAAAACACCGGAGGAGGAGGAUCCUCACAACUAUGUGUACAUAGAUGACACUCUUGUAUAUUCCCAUCUACUCAAAGAUGUGAACAAACAGUGUAAAGAACCCAUUAGGGAUGAGAUUGGCCAUCCUCAGAGUGGCCCACCCUUGCCGAAGAGACCCAUAAGAAAAGGUGGAGGCCCCAUAACUAAAGACCACACCUUGGUUGACAGUGAGCUCUAUGGUAAUUUACAAGGACAGUCAACUAAAUCUGGCUCACUGCAGACUCCAAUUGAAAACACUGAGGAAGGGAACUAUGAAAUCAGACUGCAAGUAUGACGAAAGAGAGUACUUGAUUGAAUUAAUAAUGCUCUUAAGUGCUGCAGACUGAGAUUUUCAACAUUUUCAUUAGUAACAUUAAGAAUUUUCAAGUGCCCAACCAAGAUUUUUAUGUAAAUAUUGAUUUUGUAUGUGAAUAGACUGCUUAUUUACAAUAUAUUUGUACCAUAAGUAGUUUGGAAAUUCCCUAGAAAAAGAAAAAGGAAGAAAAACAUUUGAAAACUCUAAACAGACAUUUUAUUAUAUGGCAAAGCAUUCUUCUCUGCCACCUUUAACUGGCCAAUCUCACCUCUGUACAUUGAACGCGUCAUGGGCGGCAAGUAGGAGUCUGAAUCAGGAGUUCGGAUGCUGUCUGUCCAGAUACAGGAGGUUCAACAGGUAAACAAAUAGGUGACUCUGUCCAUUUCUGCUGGACGAAGGAGGACCGAAGCUGGAUGCUGAACCACAAAUUCAUUGAAUCGACAUUGUUUAAUGACUUUAGGGACAAUAAUAUAAUCUUUUUUUUAUUUUUAUUUAUUUUUUUUUUUUUUAUGUUUAUCUCAAAAACUGAAAUUUCAUCUAGUCUGAAGGAAAUAUAAAACUACAUACAAGGUACAGAGCAAAAAUGGUUAAUGUUCUUUAGUUCGUUCUUCACUCUGAGCCAAAAACAAAUUUGAAACAGCUGAGCAAUGGUAUUCUGUUUGUGAACAUUCAGAUACCGGCCAUGCCGAAGAGGAGCUUUUAACUAUGAGGACAUUCAAGACUACAUGUUAAACCUUAACUAAUAUGACAUUAAAAUAUGUUAUCAAUGACUUCAUGCCUCAUUCUAUGAGUAGAAUUCACAUGAGAUCAGUAAAAGAAGCUGUUUUAACUACUCAAUGAUGAUUUAAAGUAAUAUAUCAGCAGUAGACAAUGUGUAAUUUGCCAUGUUUACAUUCUGCAUUUAUGGUGCUAAUGUGCUAACAUGUUAUACGCUGCCCUAAUAUUCACUGAUUACAUUCUUUUUUUGUAAUUUAUGAUGACACUGAUACUAUAGAAAGCUGUGUUUAUAAAAGAGUGUAAAUGGGCAAAAUACAGACAAAAGAUUGAUGGUAAGAGGCAUCUCUUACUUUGGGCAGAUGUGUGAAUGGCCUUCGGUAGCAGAUGUCACCUAAGUGAAGCAGCAUACCAAACAACAAAGAGAAUGGGCACUUAAGAGUAUAUGAGUAGAUUUGAUUGUUUUUGUAGACUAAACAAAAAAAUCAAAUAACAUGUUCUUCACAGUGUAGAGAAAGAAGAGGCAAUGAGUUGUCAAAGAAAUAAGGCACAAUUUUAAUGUCAACAUAUCUAGAUGUGUGUGACUGAGAAUUCACAUUGGAAAUAAGAAGUAUCUGUUUUGCCGCCUGCCGCCUCACUCUCAUAUGAAAAUUAAUGCGGUGACCACGUCCCGUGUAAAACCGCCUUAAAAGUUUGUUUUGACUUGUUUGGUGUGUCCAAAAAUGAGAUCCACACAAUCCAUUUGACACUGAAUAAUGUCUGUUUUAAUACCCUUUCUGUUCUUUACAGACAGUUGCUGA